AACUAAGAGCUAAGGUUCAAGGAACAAGAGCACCUUAUAUUAAAGAGAGUUUACAGAAUGAUAUGAAUCUGAGGAAUAUCUUUUGUAACAGUAUAAAAAAGCGUGAAGCAUAGUAUAUAUUUAAAGGCUGGUCAAUUUUAUUCCACAGGAGAAAAUAUUAUCUGUUGCAGCUAGUUUGUUUGCUCUUGACAUACAUACUACCUGAAGCUUUAAGGAGCAAAGGAAAGGAGUGGCCAUGGAUGUUAUUUUUUCAGUUGCUGCUAAAAUUGCUGAGUAUAUGUUUGUACCUAUUGGACGUCAAUUUGGUUACAUACUCUACUACAAGGGCAACCUUGAAAGGAUGAGAACCGAGGUCAAAAAGCUGGAAGGAUCAAAAGAUAGCAUGCAACACACCGUGGAUAAGGCUAGAAGGAACGGAGAAGAGAUUGAAAAUAUUGUCCAAAAUUGGCUGAACAAAGUGGACAACACUCUUGCUAAGGCUAAGAAACUUAUUGAGUCUGAAGGUCAUGCAAAAGCUCAGUGUUCUAUGAGACACUGUCCCAAUCUGUGUACAAGGCAUCAACUAAGCAGGAAGAACAAAAAGAUGUCACAAGAGAUUUCUGAAGUCCUGGCAGAAGGAAAAUUCUACAAAAUUUCUUACCGUGCUGCUUCUCGAGUGACAAUCAAGCCAUUUAGUUAUGAGGCCUUGGACUCCAACACAUCAAUGUUGAGUGAGAUUAUGCUAGCAUUGAAGAAUCCUAACAUCUUCAUUAUUGGGGUGUAUGGGAUGGGUGGAAUAGGCAAGACAACACUGGUGAAAGAGUUAGCUUGGCAAGCUGAAAAUGAUGGGUCAUAUAGUGCUGUAGUUAUGGCUACUAUAUCCGGGUCUCCAGAUGUGGAAAAAAUUCAAGGUCAAAUUGCUGAUGCCUUGGAUAUGACAUUUAACAAGGAGACCAAAGAAGGAAGAGCAAGACAAUUACUUGAAAGGAUAACCAAGGAGAAGAAUAUUCUCAUUGUUUUGGAUGAUAUAUGGGGUAGACUUGAUUUGGAAGAAGUGGGGAUUCCUUUUGGUGAUGACCACAAAGGAUGCAAGUUGGUGGUGACAUCUAGAGACCUUAAUGUGUUGAACCGUGAGAUUGGCACUCAAAAAGAAUUUAGACUUGAAGUUUUACUUGAGGAAGAUAGUUGGAAAUUAUUUGAGAAAAUGGCAGGUGAUGUUGUUCAAGAUUUUAAUAUUAAACCAAUUGCAGUAGAAGUGGCCAUUUGUUGUGCUGGUUUGCCCCUUCUGAUUGUUGCAGUGGCAAAAGCUUUGAGGAAAAAAAAAUUCUAUGAUUGGAAAAGCACAUUAAAUGAGUUAAAUAGAUUUGAUAAAGAAGGGUUGCAUAAGAAAAUCUACUCUGCUUUAGAAUUGAGUUAUAAUUGCUUAGAAAGUGAUGAACUAAAGUCACUGUUCUUAUUCAUUGGUUCAUUUGGCCUAGAUCACCUCCACACUGCAGAACUAUUUUUAUGUUAUUGGGGGUCGGGCUUAUAUAGAAACUCUCCCACAUUGACAGAUGCGAGAACCAGAUACUACAAAUUAUUAAACGAUCUCAAAGCAUCUUCACUGUUAAUUGAGUCUGAAUUGGAACGGGUUAGAAUUCAUGAUGUUGUUAAAGAUGUGGCUAAAUCAAUCGCAUCUAGGACUUGCCCAACCUAUGGGGUGAAAAGGUUCACUUUGAUAAAACAAUGGCCAGUGAUAGAUCAAAUUCAAAAAUGUCAUCAAAUCAUUCUACCUUGGUCUAAUAUUUACAAUCUUCCUGAGAAGCUGGAGUGCCCAGAGCUGAAGUUACUUCUACUUCAAAAUAUAGGUGAUUAUUUGAAAGUCCCUGAUGACUUCUUCUCCGGGAUGAGAGAGCUAAAGGUUGUUAAUUUAUAUGGAAUGAUGCUUACCCCUUUUCCACCAAAAUCUCUUUGUCUCUUGACAAAAAUCAUAUCAUUGGAGUUGUCUGGAUGUGUGUUGGAAGACAUAUCAAUAGUUGCAGAGCUGAAGAGUUUAGAGAUUCUUAGCCUUGAAAGAUCUGAUUUUAAUGAGCUCCCAAAAGAAAUAGGGCAACUAAAUAAUCUUCGAAUGCUGAAUUUAACCAACUGCUCUAGACUGAGAUUCAUUCCUGCGAAUCUUAUUUCAAGCUUAACGUGCUUGGAAGAGUUGUACAUGGGGAAUUGCUUUAUCCAAUGGGAUGUCAAGGAAAGCAAAGAUCAAAGCAGGAAUGCAAGUCUAGAAGAGCUAAGGAAUUUGUCUCAAUUGACUACUUUAGACAUAAUGAUUCAAGAUGCUUCAGUUUUGCCCAAGGACUUGCAGGUUUUUGCAAAGCUUGAAAGAUACAACAUAUUUGUUGGUGAUAUGUGGAGAUGGUCUUUGGAAUGGUCUGGAGGUGCUUCUGAAUCUUCAAGAAUACUUAAGCUCAGGGACAGUAGGAGUUCAAGCAUUUUUCUUUAUCGUGGGUUUAAUUUCUUGUUGAAUUCAGCUGAGGACAUGUGUCUUGCGAAAAUGCAAUGUGUUAGAAAUUUCCUUUAUGAACUGAACAUGGAAGGUUUUCCUCAACUAAAGCACUUGCACAUUCAGGACAGUAGUGAGCUAAUGUACAUCAUUAACUCAAAAUCUGUCUAUUCCUAUCCGGCUUUCCCCAAUUUAGAGACUUUGGCUCUUCAAAAUCUGUUUAAUCUAGAAGAAAUAUGUCGUGGCCCAAUUCCAAUUCAAUCUUUUACCAAACUAAAAUCUUUUGAAGUCAAAGGUUGUAACAAGUUGAAGAAUCUGUUAUGGUACUCCCUUGUUAUAAACCUUCCGCAACUUCUCAAAAUAAAAAUUUCUGAUUGUGAAAUGAUUACAGAAAUCAUAGCUGAGCAAAAAUCUGAGGCUGAUAAAGAAAUCGACAAGAUUAUGUUCCCCAAGUUAGGUUCUCUUGAACUUGAGAAUUUGCCUAGUCUCAUUAGUUUCUGUUCCAUGCCAUUGAUAGCUGAUAAGUGUCUCAAAAAGUUUGGUGAAUAUAAUGAUGGUACACAGUGCAUACCUGUGGCCCUAGUUGAUGAAAAGGUUGGGAUGCCCCACCUUGAACUCUUGAAGCUUUCUAAUAUCAAUUCUAGGAAACUGUGGGAUGACAAACUUCCAGGUCAUUCUUGCAUGCAAAACUUGAAGAGUUUGACACUUGACAGAUGUUGUAACAUAUCGUACGCAUUCUCAUCCUCAGUGGCUGGCGAGUUGGUAAAUUUGAAGCAUCUUGCGAUUAGUAAUUGCCAAAUGUUGGAGGAGAUAUUUGUCUCAGAUGGAAUGCUUGACAAUCCUCCUUUAUCUCAGAAACCAUUCUAUAAUGAUGAGGUUAUAUUUCCAAACUUGGAGACAUUGGUAAUAUCCCACAUGGAACAUUUGAAGUCAGUAUGGCACAAUCAACUUGCUCCAAAAUCUUUAUGCAAACUGAAACAGUUGAAAAUUGAAUUCUGCAAUGAACUUUCAAAUGUAAUUCCAUCUUAUGUGCUUAAUAAAUUACAGAAUCUGGAGAUUGUGACUAUAUCUAAUUGUCCCACACUAGAAGUUGUAUUUGAAACACAAGGUUUAAAAGCAAAUAGUGGUAGACAGACGCGGCUGGAAAUGCAAUUGAGAACUCUCACUUUGAAAAAUUUACCAAUGCUGAAGCAAAUAUGGAGUGGGAAUCCUAAUGACAGCUUCACGUUUGAAAACCUCUGCAUAUUGAAAGUUACUGAAUGCAGAAGCCUUAAUCAUGUUUUUCCCUUCUCUGUGGCUAAAGAGCUUCAACAUCUCCAAGAGCUUUAUAUAGAAGAAUGUGGCGUAGAAAUUAUUGUAGCACAUGAUGAAAUGGUUGACAGAGUUCCAAUACUUAUUUUCCCAGAAUUAACUUCUUUGAGUUUCCAAGAUUUGACAGAACUUCGAAGCUUCUACUAUGGAUUUCAUACCUUGGAUUGUCCAGUUUUAAGAGAUCUGGAUGUGCUUCAUUGUGACAAGCUUGAACUAUUCAAGCCAAAGACUCUAUAUUACCGAGACAGUGUCCCAGUUGAUACACUUCCCCUUCUCUCAAUUGAAAAGAUUUUCACCACCGCAAGGGAGCUUAUUCUGAAUUGCAAGGACGUCACCAUGUUAUGCAACGGUCAACUUAAUGAUGAGCUGAUCUACACAGUAAAAGCUCUUCGCCUACGAUGUUUUCAUGACACGACUGAAAAAUUUCCAUCUGGUUUCCUCCAAAGAUUUAUCCACCUGGAAUAUCUUAAGGUGUCAUGUAGUUCCUUCUCAGAGAUUUUCUUGAGUGGAAGCAUUUGCACUGAACAUUCUGAAACAACUAUGAAGUUGAGAAGACUAGUACUUGCUGGAUUAAAAAACCUUGAGUUUAUAUGUAAAGAGAAAUCUGAGGUGCAACCGGUUCUUCAAAACAUUGAAAUAUUGGAAGUAUAUAUAUGCUCUAGACUAAAGAAUAUAUUUCCAUCCGGAAUGCUGUUUGAGAAUUUAGAGCAAUUGGAGGUGGGUGAUUGUGCUGGAUUGGAAAAUAUUAUGAAAUCGUCAACAGCUACAAGUUUACAAAAACUUAGAAAAUUAUGGAUAUAUAAUUGUGAAAAGAUAGAAGAAAUAGUUGCAACUGAUGACGAAAAUGAUGCUUUUGAGAUAAAUUUUAUGAAAUUGGAGCAUCUGCAGUUGAGUAACUUACCAAUGCUAAGAAGUUUUUGCAUGGGAAGACAUGGCUUCAAAUUUCCACAGCUGCAGAACUUAUUUGUAAUAGAUUGUCCAAUGAUGGAAACUUUCUCACAUGGAGCGUUGAACGCACCAAAGCUCAUAGAAGUACAUGUUAAGGAACAAGAUGAAUGGCAUUGGAAUGGUGACCUAAAUAGUACAAUAAGAAAAUUCGUAGCUAAAACGGACUCUAAGGAUGAUUGAUUUUGUCGUCAAAAUUUGAAGAAGGCUCAAGUAAUUCUUAACAACCGCCUGGAUGUAUCCACAUGUUUAGGGCGUGAGGCUAAUCGCUUAUGGCACGAAGCGUUUACAACUAUCACAAAGUUUCAGUUUGAUGACUUUUCUAUGAUAAUGGCUUCUGUCUCUUGUUUUUCGUUAUUUGCAAAACUAAACUUUCCUUCCUCAGAUAAUAUAGGUGCUGAAUGCUUGAUCCAAUGUUUUUGUGUAUGAGAUCAAUUUAUAAUUAUUGACAUUGAAUCGGUGGAAUUUACCAAUUUUAGAGUGGCACUGUUAUAGUGAGUUAAUUUUCCAUACA